AUGGAUGAAGGAACAACUGGCCCCCAGCUCGAACUAGAUAUGAGAGCACGAAAAACAAAACACAUCACGCGGGCCUGUGUCGGGUGCAGAAAGAGGAAGACAAAAUGCGAUGGGGCCAAGCCGCGAUGUGCCAACUGCGCGCUCUACCAGCAGGCUUGCACGUUCUCCCCCACGAUCGACAAGCGCAAAAUGGCCUCGAAAGAAAGAGUAUCGAUGAUGGUGGCAUAUAUCCAGGACCUCGAAGCCUUGGUCAUUACCAAUGGUCUUGACCUCCCAAGCAGUCGACCGGACAUCCUUUUACCACCGGUUGCUCCCAGCGCACCCGCCGAUAUCCAACCGCGUGAGAGCACCAAGGCUUUUCCAACGUGGCCGGCCAGCGAGGAUCAAGCACAAAUGCUCGGAGAUCGGUCCUCCGUGCCUUCAACUGAGGACUCACCAGCUACACAUUGCGGCCUUUCGGUGUCUACCGAAUCAUCAUCCGUAUUAAAUACCCUCUCCGACCGUAUCGGAUCGCUGCAAGUGGCAGAAGACGGCCAGUUGCGCUUUUUCGGACCGACUUCAAAUCUACAUAUCUCACAUGUUGGACCGUUUCCAUUGUUCAAUUCCAACAUCCGAUCCGUGCAUCGAACCGAGGAACUCGUUUUAAAGGCGGCAGGUGUGGAUCACCACGUUGACGAAGAGCUGGAGGAUCACCUCACCAAAUUAUACUUCGCCUGGGAAAAUCCCAACAUUCCUAUUGUGGAUGAAAGAACGUACUACGAAGAGAAGAUGCGGUAUCGGAAGCUCGAUCAAGACAGCCAUCGAUAUUCCGAAGUAUUGAUGAAUGCAAUGUGUGCGAUAGGCGCCGCCUUGACUUCUCGCUAUCGGCCCGAUCUUCCAGAGUCCUUGGUGGACUUCUUUGCGACAAGAGCAAAGGCCCUUUUGGAAGUAGAAAUGGACUCUCCGACUUUGAGCACUGUUCAGUCCCUUGGAAUCUUGAGUGGGGUAGAAGCCCUUCUCACAAGAGACGCUCGGGGUUGGCUUUAUAGCGGAAUGGCUAUGCGGCUCGCAAUUGACCUCGGCUUGCACGUAGAUCCUACACCUUUCGUCGAACGAGGCGUCAUGGACAUGAACGAAAAUGUGGAGCCUCCGCCGCGCCCUGCAAAUCUAUCGGAUACGAACAAGAUGUGGUCUCCAUACGUGGAUGAAAACCGCAGCAGCACUGACUGGGAGUGUCGCUCGUGCCUCGAUGAAGUUGCACAAGCGACGAUCGAUCUUUGUUCAAAGAUGUCUUCUAUUCGAAAGGUUCUAUACAAUGCCCCCAAAGAUGGUCCCCUGGACAUGCAAAGGCUCCACAAUUUUGCCACCAAGACUCGGCACGAGCUCGAUGCCUGGCAAGCCCAAUUGCCAGAGGGCCUAUGUGUGGAUAUUACACAAGCUGAAUGCGUCUAUCCCCCUCAUGUCCUGCAACUUCACAUGCAACUGCAUGCUUUACGGAUUAUUGUGGACCGGCCAUUCGUGCUCUCGGACGCCGCCACCAGUGCUCUAGCACCUGAUCAAAUCAGCGAAAGCCGUGAGUCCUGCAACGGCGCAGCUCUGGGAAUCACGAAGCUCGUUCAAAUCUUCCGGCGUCAUUAUUCCCUUCGUCGUGUCAACAUCCAAGCUGUUCAUCUCAUUUUCACAGCAAUGCUUGUCCACGUCCACAAUGCCUGCCUGUCUGAAGAUUAUGAGAUCUGCCACGCCGCCCAAAGACACUUGGAAAUAUGCUCCCAAGCCCUCGGGGAGAUCGGUCAGGCCUACAAAAAUGCGCUCCGAGCGCUGGAAGUUAUUACGUCCAUCAAGUCAAGCCUUCUGCUAAUUCAAAGAAGAGCUAUGAACCCCUGGGCUGAGCUGAUGAAUCAGCCAGGAUUUAUUAAUUCAAUGGUUGCCUCGGGUCAACCGCAGUCUACGGUGCCGGUACUUAAUUCGGAAGCCCAGCUACCGCGGUCAACUGGUGACUUUGGUACCGACGGCCUCCAGGGCGUUGACUUGCUCAGGGGGCUGGGCUUGGAAGUACCAAAUACUUCCUUGGCCGGCCAGGUGGUUUUGCUUGAGCAAUGGCCUUGGAACUCGCUGAGCGCGUCAUUAGCGCCUUCAAAUGCGGAGGAAGAUCUUCCUGAUGUAAACCUAGGAUAA